AAUGUCGCCAACUAAGCACUCCUACCAACGGGUUGAAGUUUGGCGGAAACGAGUACCAGGAUCAGGUCACCUUUAUUUGCAUCACUGGGUAUGAAAUUGUUGGGACCAGUACCUUGGAGUGUUUGGCCAAUCAGACAUGGAGCGACACAGAACCACAGUGUGUCCGUUUACGGUGCCCAGCACUGCAAACCCCAGCUAACGGAGACAUCAUGGGAGGAAAUGAGUACGGAGAAACCGUGUCGAUAAUGUGUGAGAUAGGAUACAAGCUGGAUGGAAGUGCUACAAGGACUUGCAUGGCGAGCAAGACGUGGAGUGGAAUAGAGACGUCAUGUGUUUUGAAAACCUGCCCGCUACUAGACGCCCCUGACCACGGCUCAGUCAGUGGAGGUACCAACUACGGUGACAUGGUGACUUACUCCUGUGAGACCGGAUAUGACAUGUUAGGGACGCCUACAAGAACCUGCCAGGACAGUGAGCGGUGGAGUGGCAACCAACCUUACUGUUUAAAAGUCCAGUGCAACACGCUGAACCCACCGACUGCCGGUUCCGUUUUCGGCGGUAAUGAGUACGGAGAGAGUGUGCAGUUCAGCUGUUGGGUGGGCCACACGCUGACGGGCAGUAGUAACAGGACCUGUCAGGAGGACGGCCUAUGGAGUGGAGACCAGCCCACGUGUGUAGAGAAUGAAUGCCCGGAGUUGGAUUCUCCUCCAAAUGGCUACAAAACGGGAGGAAACAGUUAUGGCGACAUCGUCAUCUUCUUCUGCAAUGAUGGGUAUGAGAUGAUUGGACCAUCGCCAGUCAUCAUGAGGACAUGCGAGGCCGACAAGACCUGGUCAGGAACACCGGCCAGAUGCACACGACGUUCUUGUCCAAGCUUGGCGCCCCCAGUGAAUGGAAAUCUAACAGGGAACAACUUGUACGGCGAUGUCGUCACCAUCACCUGUGACCCUGGGUACGAGCUGAGAGGCAGCUCUACAAGAGGCUGUCUGGAUAAUCAACAGUGGAACGGAACAAGCGCCACAUGCGAAAGGGUGCAGUGUCCUCCGCUGAGUGCCAUAUCUGACGGUCAGAUGAGUGGAAACAACUUCUUUACGGACAGGAUAACGUUUGUCUGCAACAGUGGGUACGAGCUGACUGGAAGUCCGUCACGUACCUGUACCGCUGAUGGAAGCUGGACGGGAACACAGACGACCUGUAACAGAAAGAAGUGCUCUGAUCUGUCGGCUCCCCUGAAUGGCAACGUGACCGGUGAGACGUUCUAUGGAGACACCGUGGUGUAUUCCUGCAGACAGGGGUUUGAUGUGUCCGGCAGCGCGACCAGAACCUGCCAGGCUGAUCAGCGGUGGAGUGGCACGGAACCAACCUGCGAGAAAAUUAAGUGCCCCACACUCGACCGCCCACCCAAUGGUGGUAUCAACGGGACCAACUUCUAUGGUGACACCGUGGUGUUUGACUGUGACGUCGGUUACGACCUGGUCGGUAGUCAGCAGCGUACCUGCCAGAGCAGUCAACAAUGGACAGGGGUGCAGCCAUAUUGUGAACGAAAGCGAUGCCCACAGCUGACCGUUCCUGCCAAUGGGGGAGCGAAUGGUGGAAUCUACUAUGGCGACACGGCGGCGUAUUCAUGCGACCCUGGGUACGAGCUCAUCGGUAGCUCCAUACGAACGUGCCAGGCAGACGGACAGUGGGCAGGCAUGCAGCCAACAUGUAACAAAAUGCAGUGCUUGACCCUGCCGGCUCCAGUCAAUGGAAGCAUCAGUGGGGGACACUAUUACGGUGACCAGGUGAUCUAUUCUUGUGACCCUGGGUUUGACCUUGUGGGAACACCAAUCAGAAUUUGUGAGGACAGCCAACUCUGGAGCGGUGUACAACCAAGUUGCAUAAGAAAGCGCUGUAGUGUGCUGACACCUCCCGAGCAUGGCUCUCUGAUUGGUGCUGGAGCUUUCAACUUUGGGGAGGUGGCGACGUUCACAUGUUAUCCUGGGUACGAGAUCCAGGGUAGUGGGACCAGGAUAUGUGAAUCAACCGGCCAAUGGAGUGGAAGCCCAGCACAGUGUGAAAGUACGAAAGUAUACUUCUUUUGUUUGCUGUUUUUCACAAUGUGCUAA